GGAUGCCUUAUUUUAUCAAAGGAGUUGGCUAACUAAAUUACCAAUCCUGUAACAUUCUGUUCUAUUCAGAUCACCACUAUAAAUAACCAUUGCCUUUCACAAUUCAAUGCGCCAUUGCAAAUUGAUCAUCUCAUUUUUUUCAUAACUUCUCAAUUACUAGAAGCAAUUGAAACCACUUUCUUCAAUAUGGCACCAAAAAGUUUAGUGAUGUGUUUGGCUUUAGUUCUGGUCUUGAUGAUAUGUAUCAAUGCAAGAGCUCAAUCACCUUGCAUCAAUACAUUAAGGGGUUUGGGUCCCUGCCUGAGUUAUGUCAACGGGACUUCAUCGACACCAUCUCCGAUGUGUUGCUCGCAGCUUGCCGUGGUGGUUCAAUCUGCGCCGACUUGCCUUUGUCCUUUCAUGACCGGAACUGGUCCUUACGCCGGUGUCUUUAUCAAUCAAACUCUUGCCCUUGCUCUUCCUCAGACUUGCAACAUCCAAACUCCUCCUGCUAGCAUAUGCAACGCUGUGGCUAACGAUCCAGCAACUUCCCCGGCACCAUCGCCUUCCGUUGCGCCGGCAGUCUCUCCAGCAGUUUUUCCUGAGAGUCCUACUCCUGCAGCAGCCGCUUCCAACCCAGAACCACUAACUCCAACUACUUCGGCCACCACGACUUCAAGUCCGGCCAUCACAACUCCAACUCUUCCUGGUGGAGCAUCAAAGACAGUCCCAACAAGCACAAAUGAGGGAAACCUUAGGAAGCCAGCUUUUUUCAUCUUUCUGGUUGCACUGGCUUCAUUUCUUGCCAAUUUUUGAGCUGCGGAUUUGACACACCUAUCAUUUCUUAUUUUUAAUGAUUAAUUAGUUCCUCUUGUAAACUCAUUUCUAUUUUUUCGUUUUUGGGUCUCCGGGACCUGGACUUGAUGGCUCUAUAAUUUUCCUUUUUGUUGAGGACGCUUGCAUGUACUCCUACACAUUUCAUUUUCUCACAAUGAAAUAAUAUUGUUACACCUUUAUUCGCGUUACUUAUACUUUCUUCUAGAAGUAGAAAACAGCAUCAUAAAGUCUCAACAGAG